CGCUUCGGGUUUUGGGGGAGGGUAGUGAACAGCUUGGAGAGGAGCCGCUGCUGUCGCCGUCGCCACCGGGGUUCGGACGGGCGGGAUUGGCCCCCGGUGUCGCCGGGCGGGAGGCCUCGCCUGCCUUCGGAGCCAAGCCAGCGAUUGCUCGGUAGAAGCGUGGUAUUCGGCCAGGGGAUCAGGUCCAGCGUUGGGAGGAGGCUCCAUCCUCCUCGCCCCCCCUCUCCGCAGGUUAGGGGGGACCAGCGAGCAAGCGGGCGACAGCCGAGGAACAAAGGUCCAGCCUCGGCAGCUCAACCUAUUUCGGGUUUUUCUACUGCAGCCUGAGUUCAUCAUGAAGGCCCUUGAUGAGCCUCCAUAUUUGACAGUGGGCACUGAUGUGAGUGCAAAAUAUAGAGGGGCCUUCUGUGAGGCCAAAAUCAAGACAACAAAAAGACUGGUCAAAGUCAAGGUAACAUUUAGGCAUGAUUCAUCAACUGUGGAAGUUCAGGAUGAUCACAUAAAAGGCCCUUUAAAGGUAGGAACUGUGGUGGAAGUAAGGAAUCCAGAUGGAACAUAUCAGGAGGCUGUCAUCAACAAAUUAACAGAUGCUAGUUGGUACACUGUAGUAUUUGAUGAUGGAGAUGAAAAAACUCUUAGACGUUCUUCGCUAUGCCUGAAAGGAGAGAGACAUUUUGCUGAAAGUGAAACACUAGAUCAGCUCCCACUUACCAACCCUGAACAUUUUGGGACUCCUGUCAUAGGAAAGAAAACAAAUAGAGGAAGGAGAUCAAAUCACAUCCCAGAAGAAGAAUCUUCCUCAUCCUCAAGUGAUGAAGAUGAAGAUGACAGAAAACAAACUGAUGAACUGUUAGGAAAAGUUGUUUGUGUAGACUACGUUAGUGCGGAUAAAAAGAAAAACCUCUGGUUCCCAGCUUUGGUGGUUUGUCCAGACUGCAGUGAUGAAAUUGCAGUCAAAAAGGAUAACAUUCUGGUUCGUUCUUUCAAGGAUGGCAAAUUCUCUUCCGUACCAAGGAAAGAUGUUCGAGAGAUUAGUGAUUCUUCACCAAAGCCUGAUGCUGCAUUAAAGCAAGCUUUUGAUCAAGCCUUAGAAUUCCGUAAAAACAAAACUGUUCCCAGUAACUGGAAGACUGAGUUGAAAGAGGAAAGCUCCAGUAGCGAAGCAGAAGAGGAGGAGGAAGAUGAAAAAGAAAAGGAAGAUAACAGCAGCGAAGAAGAGGAAGAAAUAGAACCCUUUCCAGAUGAAAGAGAAAACUUCUUACAGCAACUCUAUAAAUUCAUGGAAGACAGGGGGACUCCUAUUAAUAAACGACCUGUUCUUGGAUACAGAAACUUGAAUCUCUUCAAAUUAUUCAGACUUGUACAUAAGCUUGGAGGAUUUGAUAAUAUUGAAAGUGGAGCAGUCUGGAAGCAAGUGUAUCAGGAUCUUGGGAUCCCUGUAUUGAACUCCGCCGCUGGAUAUAAUGUUAAAUGUGCAUACAAAAAAUACCUCUAUGGCUUUGAAGAGUACUGUACAUCAGCUAAUGUUGAAUUUAAAAUGGCAUUACCAGAGAAAAUAGUGAGCCAGCCCUGUAAGGACUUUGAAAAAGAUAUGAAGAAGCAUGAAGAAACUGAGCAAAAUAUAAAAGAAAUAAAGGUGGAAACUGAAGAAAGAGAUGAUGAAGUAAUGAGGAAACAACAAGACACACAAGCUGAGAAUGAGAGUGAAAGAAAAGAAAAUGAUACGUCCUCCUUGGGAAGCAAAAAAGGUUUUCAGGAAUCGCACACUGACCAGGAAAAGGAAUUAAGAAUACUGAAAACAGAAGAAGCCAAUGUGGAACAUAAAGAGGAUGAAAAGAGUAAGGACUUGGAAAAUCAGAAUACCAGUCUUGAAACGGAAGAGAGGGAGAAAAACAAUGGCACCAUUAAGGAGGAAGAAGAAGAUGAAGAAGAAGCAGAAGAGGAGGAGGAAGAAGAGGAAGAUGACAACAAUGACAACAAUGAGGAAGAAGAAGAAUUUGAGUGUUAUCCACCAGGCAUGAAAGUCCAAGUGCGGUAUGGACGAGGGAAAAAUCAAAAAAUGUAUGAAGCUAGUAUUAAAGAUUCUGAUAUUGAAGGUGGAGAAGUCCUUUACUUGGUGCACUACUGCGGAUGGAAUGUGAGGUAUGAUGAAUGGAUCAAAGCAGACAAGAUAGUGAGACCAGCUGACAAAAAUGUGCCAAAAAUAAAGCAUCGGAAGAAAAUAAAGAAUAAAGCAGACAAAGAGAAAGAUGAAAAAUAUUCUCCUAAAACGUUUAAAUUGCGACGCUCAUCAAAACCACCUUUUCAUGCCAGUAUAUCACCUGAGAUGGCAUCCAAAUCAGACUGCGCUGAAGCCAAAACUUCUGAAACUGCUCCAAAUAAAUCUUCAGAGAUUAUUUCUAUCCUUAAUGGACUGCAAGCUUCUGAAAGCUCUGAUGACAGCGAGCAAGAUGAUGACCAAAGUCCUCCAAGUGUUUAUAAUAAUGGUAAGGAAGAACCGCAAGAUGAGGCUUUGAGCCAAGGUAACAAUGAACUCUGUCCAAAAGAGCAGAACAGCUUGCCCUUUCCAGAAGAGGUCAAAUCCCUUUCAGAUGCCACAGCAUCCAAACCAGCAUCCAAAUCUCCGGAAAGACUACGAAAAGAAUUGGCAGAACUAUCUGAUGAUACUGAUUAUGAGGGAAAGAACGAAGCCACCAAGAAGAAGAAAGAUGUCAAGAAAGAGGCAGUGGAUAAAACAAAGCCCCCAGUGAAACGUGGAAAACGAAGAUACUGUGUCCCAGAGGAAUGUGUAAAAACUGGGUCACCUAAUAUCAAGGAUGAAAAAUCAAAUGGCAAAGACAUGUUAAGUUUGGAAAACAGUAGCAACAGUUCCUCAGAUGAAGAUGAGGGGAAAACUAAAUUAAAAAUAACACCAACCAAGAAGUACAAUGGUUUGGAUGAGAAGAGGAAAUCCUUACGGACAAAUGCUUUUUAUUCAGGUUUCUCUGAAGUGGCAGAGAAGAGAGUAAAGCUUCUAACUAACUCUGACGAAAGGCUUCAAAACACCAGAGCUAAAGAUCGAAAAGAUGUCUGGUCGAGUAUUCAGGGGCAGUGGCCUAAAAAAACCCUCAAGGAGCUUUUUUCAGACUCUGACACAGAGGCAGCAGCUUCUCCGCCACAUGUGUCUUCCGAGGAUGCUACACCGGAGCAACACCUGCAAACUCUUGUAGAAGAGACUUCUUUUCCCAGUUCUAAAUCUGAAAGACCUUUGCCACUCAGCACAGAAAUGAAAUCUGUCGAGGAGAAGCCAGCUGAAACGAAUGACAAAAAAGUUGAAUUCCCAAGCAGUGGCAGUAAUUCCGUACUAAACACCCCUCCCACAACACCUGAAUCGCCCCCGUCUGUAACAGUAGCAGAAUCCAGCAGACAUCAGUCCAGCGCGUCUGUGUCUGAACCACUGGCACCAAAUCAAGAAGAGGUACGAAGCAUCAAGAGUGAAACGGAUAGCACAAUUGAGGUGGACAGUGUUGUAGGGGAACUGCAGGACCUGCAGUCUGAAGGAAAUAUAUCUCCUACAGGCUUUGAUGCCAGUGUCAGCUCCAGCAGCAGCAAUCAACCAGAACACGCUGAGAAAGCUUGUCCAGGCCAAAAAAGGCUCAAAGAUGUCCAGGGAGGUGGUUCCUCAAAAAAGCAAAAAAGAAGUCACAAAGCAUCUGUGGUGAACAACAAAAAGAAAAGCAAACCAAACAGCAGUGAUAGUGAAGAACUUUCUGCUGGAGAAAGUAUCAUCAAAUCUCAGCCAGCAAAAUCAGUUCCUGCAGCAAUGAAGUCUCAGAAUACCAAAUCUCCAGCAAGAACGCAGUCUCCAGGAAAGUGUGGCAAAAAUGGAGAGAAGGAUUCUGAUCUCAAGGAACAGAACAAUCGCUUGCCAAAACUUUACAAAUGGAGUUUUCAGAUGUCUGAGUUAGAAAAUAUGAGCAGCACAGAGCGCAUAGCAAUCCUACAAGAAAAGCUACAAGAAAUCAGGAAACAUUAUUCGUCUUUAAAAUCUGAAGUAGCUUCCAUUGACAGAAGAAGAAAACGUUUGAAGAAAAAAGAGCGGGAAAGUGCUGCUACCACGUCGUCAUCCUCUUCCUCGCCUUCUUCCAGUUCCAUUACAGCAGCAGUUAUGUUAAGUUUAGCAGAUCCACCCAUGUCGAGUUCAUCACAGAAUGGAAUGUCAGUUGAGUGCAGGUGACAGCAAGACUUGCCUAAGCACUUUGCACUUAAUGGCUGCUGAGGGCCACUUUUUAUACUGCACAGUGGCACAAAAUUCAGACAAGCACUAUUUUGUAUUUAAAUUUUUUCUUGACAAGCUAACUUUGCACUUAAGUGCACUUUUUUUGAAGAAAAAGUACAACAAACUGCUUUUCCUCAAGCAAUAAUUGUUUCCAACUUGUCUGGGAAUUGUGUGGUGAGUUGAAGGCCUUCCACUGUGGCAAAUGAAGGCUGUUCACUGCCAGUAGAAUGGAUACGGUAAGCAUACAGUUGUUGGGUAGGCCUGAUUAAUGUGUUAAAAGUGGCUUACUGUUCACCUAUUCCCUGGUAUUUUGUUAAAGCUGGAGCAUUUGAUAUUUUUCCAUUAUUUAGGAAAAAUGAACCUAUUUUCAUUUUUACAAGACAAUUGUUUUUUAACUAAGUCACCUUACGGUGGCUAUAACUGUACAAGUCAAGCACAUGUAAUUUAAUUCCAAACCUGCCAUCAAUAGGAUGUUUCUCAUCAGACCUGAUAACCAAAUAUAAGGAUUCUGUUUAAAAGGCUGACUAAUGUUUACAGGUUUGAAUUAGGCUAAAUAGGUUACUGUGGGUUUUUAAAUAACCCAGGAAUUGGAAUGAAACUACUGUACUUUGCCAUUUUUCUAUGAAUCAGUAUUUUUUUUAAUUUUGAUAAAAAUACAUUGUGAAAAAAAGAAGAAAAUGGCUAACAAACUGUAUUAAAUCUUAAUGUAUAAAGAUUGUAUUUAGCCAGUUUAAAGUGUAUAUUUAUUCAUAAUGAAUUAUAACACUUAUAUUUUUGUGUUUUCUUGUAAAAGUUUCUUUUCAGUUAAAGCAACAAAUAUUUCAUUUGUAAUGCUUAUUUUAUUAUGAGCUACAACUGAGAGGUCUUCAAGAAGGAGUAAACUGUGUUAAUAUUAUACAUGGGUGUCGAGAAGAACAUUGCCACAGAAGGGAUAGUUGUUUAUAAUAUAAAUAGCUAACUGAGUGGUAGAUACUUUUUUUUUUAAUUGCCUUGUACAAAACCCCAAAUCAACUCAACUGUUUUCACUUCUAUUGACUUUAUGUUGUAUGGAUCCCAAGCCCUCUCUCGGUUGGCACUUGUAUUUAAUUACACAACUUUGUAAGACAUUUGUAUAUUGCGGAGUGUUCAUUCAAGCUAUUUAAUACCUGGCACUGUUAAUACACAGUACUUUAUUGUACAGAUUGUUUUACUGUUUUAAUUGUAGUUCUGUGUACUUUUUUUGGCUGGGCUUAUGGGGGCUGGCAUGUUUUUCUUUUUUCGUUUUAUUUCUUUUUCUGGCAAUACAACAUGUAAGAAUUUCAAACCUUCUGUUUGUAGAUGCUAGAGUGUCAGAAUCUUUACAUUCGACUUUUCUAAGAAAAGCAUUUUCAGUCUUAGUAGUGUGUGCUUAAAAGGUAACUGAUUUUAUUGAAAAUGGUUUCAAGCUAUUCAGAUAUGUACAGGACUGUAAAAAAUUGUUGACAAACAUUGAAGGAAAGACAUAUAAAGAAAAGCUAUAAAAUAUAUAUUAGGUUCUGCAGACAAUGGAAUUAUGUAAUAUAUUGUAUAAAUGUAAGCAAAGGCCUCCGAAAUAAAAUGCCAUAGUUUGUGAAUAUUG